GGCGCAUACCCACUCUGGGGGAUUGGCCAAGAAGCUGGCGGUUUUUCGUAUGCUUAGAAGUAAAGCCAAACUAGAUUUAAAUUGUGGAGCGUGAGACUAGAACUGUAAUUUAGACGUGUGAUGAAAAUAUUGUUAAGAAUUUUGAUAAAAUAAGCUAACGUAAAUAAAUGAAAUAAUAGAAAAUAUUGAUAAUUUUAGAAAGUCAGCAAGGUACUCUUUUUGUAUCUCUAAUGAAAUUGUAAAUUGCAAAAAAAAAAAAGCAUCCCUGUGGCUGGAUCCCAGUGAGGUCGCACCAAAAGAAAGAAUGGUUGGUGAGGUUAGCGAUAGCCCAAGUUUGGUGAAUGAGUGUGCUAAUAGUUUUCUUUUUCUUAUAAAGCGGCGGCAGGAGAGAAAAUAAUGUUCGAUAGUUUCAGGUGCACUGCAAAAAGAACAUAGAGGGGACAUAGCGAGACCAGACCUGUGUAAGUAAAAAUUUAUAGGAGGUAUACGACAUCUCAAUUUGGUAAAAGAAGCUUCCAAUUGUCUUGAAGGACACCAAUUAUUAUUCCAUGGGAAGCCAAGAUGGUGGAAAUCAGCACUUGAACCGCAUUUCAGCUUCGUCUUCGCAAGUGUGGGAAUUGGGCAUGGUAAUUCGUUGACAAGAGGCUCGCGCUUGUAAGCGACGCGCAUGCUGGAAGAAGAAGAAGCUUGGAGAAUGAAGCCGACUUCAAAGAAAACCGCGGAGUUGCCGAAUUUCGUUGGCGAUGAGCGAGACGGCGCGAUUAGCGACACGUCAGGAACUUCGACGAGCCCAAUUACCCGGCGGAGCCCGCGGAGUCCGCAGAGCCCGCAGAGCCCAGCGUACACACAAACCACAAACGAGAAGACACCGGUUUCACGACGCACCCAAGCCAGGAUCAACAUCAAGGUUCAAAGCCCAGUACAAAGGUCCGAAGGGCGUAGGGCUGUAAAACGAGCACAUCGGCCAGAGUCCGCAGUCCCGGAGCUUCUAACGCCGCCGGUUCAGGUGCGGCAGUCGCAACCGACAGGACCUGGCCGAGAAGAUGGAACACCCAGCUUUGACAGCAGCGAUGCAACGUCACGGGCCGCUCAACGUGUUGGACACAGUUUCUGGUCGUUCGUGCUCAUUACGGGCUGUGUCACGCUGCUGAUACCGAUCUCCUUUCUGCUGCUGCCAUACAUCACUCGCCGCAAGGACCCUCGCUGUUCAGGUGGCCGGUGCGGCAACGGGAUCUCGACUACAGUGCGCCCGCCGGACCCCAUGUCCGUCAAACCCGUGGAGUACGAGCAGCCCAGCCGAAUGAGCCAGGAGGAGUUCUGCAGGCAAGAGGUAGAGCCUGAUCCUGGCACCGGGUACAGUGGGCAACUGCCAACGACGCCGGUUUUCAGCAUAGGGGGAAGCAAACGAAUAGCGCUUCGCCACGUUUUGUGCCACCUGGACACACAGUACGGGAGGUCCAAGGCGCCCUACCUUAUUUCACUGCUGCCGACGCCUUUCUGCUCGUCGCUGGUGCUCACCGGAUACGCGGUCGAUGCUCAUAACGUCCACAUCAUCUGGCGGCCCAUAAGUGGCGACCGCUAUCGCCGUAAUUUCCGGACCGCCCGGGAAAAGAAGCAAAUCAUGCACGAUAACGUGGAAAUGAGCGUGUAUUAUACCAUUGGCGGACGACGAGAGGACAGCCGGAACUUGUCCUUGGUCGCCGAAGAUUCCGCCACGCAAGAUCGUUUCGUGAAGAACGUCAAAGGGCAGAUCUACAGAGAUAAUGCGGGCAUACACAUCGACUGGAACUACCCGGGCGGCGGAUGUAGUGUCCGUGGUUCCGCAAGGGACUUCUUGCAGAUCAUCGAGAAGAUGCACCGCGCCAACAUAUCACUCAUGAUCAGCGUACCACCGGACGAGAGCCGGAUACAGUUAUACCACCUCAGUUACACGGCGACCCUGGUGCAGUUCGUGAUUGUGAAGACACACACACUCGUCAGACCCGGCAUUGUCACCUGCAACGGGGAGCGCGUGUCCGCUGCCAGAAUAUUCAACAAGGUCAUCGAGCCUAUAAGCACAACUUUGAGACACAAGUUCGGAUACAGCAUGUCCGUGGCUCCCGAAACGUUCACCGCGGAGGAGGACAGCAUGUGGGUGCCCUCGUCCGGACCAUCGACGUGGGAGAAUUACACACUGCAGCUGGGGAAGACGCACAUGGCUGCAGUGUGCCAGCAGGCGCCUCGUUAUUACGGCACCGAGGAGGAAUGCUUCUUCACGUCGCAAACCGACGACAAUGUCACUUUUCGCAUUGCGACCCUGCUUACCCCCUCUGCAGUCAGGGAGCGCAUAAAAAGAUCCUACGAUGAGGGCAUGGGCAUUGCGCCUGUAAUGGUGUACGACAUCGACUUGGACGACUUCGAAGGAAGCUGCAGCAACGGCACGCAUUUGUCGCCCAUCAUUGAAGAACUGGCUGUGUCCUCCUAUUGACCACCCCAGCGAUGCUGGACCUUUGACCAGUCUGCCACGAAAUAGUCACUACUGUCUUAUCAAACAAAAGCUCCAAAUAAAUGUAUA